AUGGGCACAGGCAAUUUGUCGCAGAAGUUAGCAGAGUCAUUAAAUCAAACCUUCAUGGAGCUUUGUAAAGCCAACAUUUCUGAUUUUGCCUACAAUUGGUUUCAAGGGAGACUACCGCACACAAGAGAAGCUUCCAAGUAUCGCUACAAAGGACUAUGCCCAUGUCCGUGUGCGAAAAUGUGUAACGGCAGCGCGGAUUUUUCCUAUGUGGGCAAAUGUAAGGAGAUUAAUGUAUCUAACAGCUACUUCUUCACCCUUGCACCCGAGACAACAACGACAACUCUCGGUACAACAAAAACAGUUACUCCUGUACUGGAUGUCGCACGAAAUUGCAGCAAGUAUAGAAUCCACACACCUCCAGUGAAUAUGUCAGAUAUCAAAUGUUUUGAAUUCAACAGCAGUUGGCUCGACAACCUUACCGAUAUUUCCACGAGAAAUAAGGCGUUACAGUUUUGCGAUGGCGAUAUCAAUUGUUGGACCUACAACAAUUUGAUGAAAUUUGUCAGACUUCGCAAACUUUUCCACGCAAUAUGGAAUGACCCCCGCGAUUUAUGUCCCUGCAGUAAUAUGAGUAAGUGCCGUGGCCAAUUUAGUCCAAAAUCAUGCACUCCUGAUUUCAAGCUCGAAAUAAUGCUAGCUCGCGAUAGUGUUAGCCGUGAAACUUUUAACAUAACAUUACCAACAGAAUGCAAAGAGAACGAGCCACCCUCGUCGGAACUAUUGGAGCAAACUUGCUACAGUUUCCUUAAGCUUGAUCGUUACGCGACGCCGACUGCUAAUUUCAGCACAUUUUGCCCUGGUAGUAGUAUAAAUUGCUGGGUGUACAAGGAUUUAAUGGAAAGCAUUCAUCUCCAAAAAUUAGCAAACAUGACAGUGCCUUACCAAGGUCUUUGUCUGUGUAAGGAUAUUAGCAUAUGUAAAAAUUCCAAGUCAUACUUCAACGAAACGUCUUGUUCCCAGGAGUAUCUACUAAGGAUUGCAGAGCCUUUGGAAAAGUCAGGCUAUACAGUAUUCACAGAACCUCCUCACAACACUACCGCACAAACUACAAUUGACCAAGUAAAGAAUGCUACUACUACAACGCAAAAGGACUUUACAUAUUCAAGAACAGAAACACUAACUAAGGCAGAAAUUUCCAGUGUUUCAUCGCUUUCCAGUAAAGGGAUGCAGACCUCCACACUUACCUCUUCACCUAGGAAAGAAAGCGACAGUGCUUCUCUUGGAACUACCGUCAUGACCACAUCACUUUCCAGUAAAAGGAUACAGACCUCCACACUUGUUUCCUCACCUGGGAAAGAAAGCGACAGUACUUUUCUCAAAAUCACCGUCAUGACGACUUCUCAUUCUGAAGCAUCGAGUGCGUCUGACGGCGAAGCUGAGCAACCGACGUUGAUCGAGUACGAUAUUGUAAAUACAAAAUCUAUCCAGCCAUCUUUUGUCACCACUGGUUCGGAUGAUGAGUCUGAAUCAAGCGUAGUCACUCCUGCACCUCGCACUUCAGUAGCUUCUAAAGAAAGAACACCCACCACAUCUUUUGUGACUACAAAUUCUGUCCAGCCAUCUCCUGCCACCACUUUGCCAACUGUCGGAUCUGAAUCAAAUGAAGUCACUCAUACAUCUCGCACUUUAGUAGUUUCUGAAGAAGAGAUAAACACCACAUUUUCCUGUUUCCGGGGACCACAAACUGAUGAUUCUAAGAGUAUACCUACAAAGCAGGCUACGGCAUCUUCAAUGCAAUCAAGUGGUACGAGUGGCACGGAGAAGUCCAGCAGUAAUCCUUUGCCCACGACAAGCUCUGAUAGUACAUCUUUGGGUGCACAAAACAGGUCAGCAAGCGAUGUUCCAGACAUUAAUGCUAGCUCUACUUUCAACCAUGCAAACCUGAGCACCGCAACUUUCAGAGUUUCAGAGAAGGGAAGAGAUCUUACGAGCGCACCGACAGAUUCGGAUACAAGUAAGAAAGCCCGAAAUACUGUCGUGAUGGCAAUCUCAGAUAAAGCCAGCCUCGGCAUGACCAAAGGAACGGAUUUGAUUUCGAUUACAACUCAGCUUGACGAUCAUAACAUCUACAACAAUACAGCCAUCAUUUCUACGACCGUUGGUACUUCUGAUGAAUUAUCUAAUUCCUAUGAGACGUCACCCGAAAAGCUCGCAAAAACGAAAGGAAUGUUUGCUGCAGAGACGACCACACCAGUCAAUACUUCCUCACUUUCUCAUUCUGCUGUCGUCGGCUCUUCUGAUGCAUUUGCCAUGACGAUAACCAGUGACUCCACGAACGAAGACACGCUUGAAGCAUCGACAGUGCCAGCCAUACAAGGUGAGCCAUCAUUAGAACUUUCCAGUCAACCCAUUUCCGAAGAUGCCGAGCCUUUCACGUCCAACAGGCACCCAACAAAAUAUUUGACAGAGCCAGCCACAACUGCAAACGGAGUUGGAAGUUCCAACCACUCAACAAAAGAUUCAACACCUCACUCCACUUUUGUUUCCCUCAAUUUAUCUGAAAUAUUGGGAUAUCCGUCAGUCAUACAAAAAGUUUCCACUACAGACAGAAAGGCUAGAUUUGACUUCAGCUUUAACGCGAAAGAAAAAUCGACAUCCACGCAGAAGAUUUCUUCAAAGUUUCGAGUAACACUAUCUGAUAUUUUGACGACGAGAAAUGGCCACAGCACACCGAUGAAACCGACGUCUAUGUAUAGAAAGUCUCCAAACACCGGUCAUAUUACUUUAUUCAAAAUCUUGACGAGAUCUCCCAUAAUAACGCCAUCCAGCGCUGGCAACCUUGCUUCACAGGAGAUUACAUCAUACAGCGAAUCAAAUCCGAGAUUUGAGACUUCAGCUAAAGUGCGUGUGGACUUGAGUACGAACUUCGAAUCAAUGGCGAGUUCAGCGCAUUCGGCUAUAGAAGAGGUUUAUCCUUCUUUCAGUGUUAGCAAUCCUUAUGAGAAGAAGAGAUCUCAUACUUCUCCUGGCGCAAGAACUGACAUCGGUUCAGUUACAUCCGGUAAAAUUCCUUCUGGCAACACUGACAAACUUGAGUCCUUCAGUACUUCCACAAGCAGCUUGCCCAAGACAGGGAACACUGGCAAGCCUAAUCUCAUCCUCAUCUCCGACAGCAGCGGAACUAGUAGUAGAAGGAGAACACAGAGCACAACGAAGAAGACAACAUUCGCCCAUUUGACGUCCAAUGAGAACGAAUCUUACAUGCAUGUCCAGAGAGCGUUGUCUUCUAGGAACUUGCCUAAAGCGACGACAUCCUCACCAUUGAAGUCAAGUGUUUACAAAACCGUUAGCGAAGUGGAAGCCAAAGAUGGAGGUAGGGAGUAUGGCACAGACGCAUACAUCAAAUCGGCAACAUCAACGUCGAAAACACCUUUCAGCAGUAUAAAAGUCGCCAUACCAAAAGUUUUUCGGCAUCUCUACCUGUCGAUGACAGCAAAACAAAGAAGUUGUCAACAGUCGUCUUUACAACACCUAAAGCAUCCGUGA